AUGAAGCAGAAAAAGGGGCUCCAGGAUACCACGGAGUCAACCAUGAAAUUUGAAUUUAACCCGAAAGAAGGAAUUGAUAAUCCCGCCUUAUCUCUGGCAGAGGAUUCCGAACCAGAAGGCACUUCCCAGCUACGCUUCUGUUUACUGAGGAAAGCUGGUGCUGAGAGCCUGGGCUUCUCGUUGUGUCAGGAGGCUGGAGGCUUGUGCCCCAUCGUGCGGAAGGUGACACCGGGAGGGCUGGCCUACCGUAGAGGCCUCCGGGAUGGAGACCGAAUCCUUGAGGUCAACGGAGUUAACGUUGAAGGCACGGGGUAUCUUCGGGUGAUCUGGAAGAUCAAGAGUAGCUCAAAGCAGGUCUUGCUCACUGUCCUGGAAGGGAACACCUACGAGGUAGCCAAAGCCCUGAACCGGGAUCUCAACCAGCUUUUGUCCAAUUACGGCAGGCCACGCCUGUGCUGUGUUUCCAAAGGCUCAAGUGGCUUUGGCUUCAGCGUGUCAGCUCCAGAAGGUGUGACCGGCAUAUUCCAGCUCUCCGUGCUGCAGAAUGGGCCAGCUCAGAAAGUAGGGGUGCCGCAUGGUUCCUGGCUGGUGGAACUCAACGGCGUCAGUGUGAAGAACUGGACGACUGCACAACUCAACCAAAAGAUCAAACAGAGCAGCAGCCCCAUGGGGCUCCUGGUGAUGGACAGCCGGUCAGAAGCGGCGUACCGACAAUGUGGAGUUAAGGUUACAGCUGGCCUGGCUGAUGCCUCCUGGGUUCCGUUCCAAGUGAGGAAGCUUCAGAUGAAGCGAGGAGAAGACGGAUAUGGCUUCUUGAUGAAAGAAGAAAAAUCUAGCUCGGGGAAGAUUGCCCAAUUUUUGAGAGACCUGGACGCUGGGCUCCCAGCUGAAAAGGCAGGGAUGAGAGAAGGCGACUGUCUGCUGGCGGUGAACAGUGAGGUUGUCGAAGACCUUGACCACCAGGAGGUGGUGUCGAAGAUCCGUUCUGACAACCAGCGGGUGACUCUCCUGGUCAUCGACUCAGAAGGAAGCAAGUUCUACAAUACGGUUGGAGUAUCUCCUUUAGUCUUCUAUGAUGAUGAAGUCUUCCCAUCAAGCUUUCUGAUCACCUGUGGUUCUACUUCUCCAGGCAUCCUUCAGGAACAAAGCUGGCCCACGUUGAUACCAUGUCACAGUCAAAUUUCUAGCAAUAUAGGCCCACCUGGGCAACCUGAUCCUACCCCAUGGACCUUCACCAGAGAGGACCAUGAUGGGUUCCGCCAGGCCUUCUAA